UGAAAAAUUUAAGGCGGGAGGGGCCAAACCCCAUAACUUCUCUUCCUUCUCGAACAAGCUUUACACUUUUAUAAUUUGAAAAUCACCUCUAAAUACCUAAAACUUCUUUUCUUCUUGUUAACUUCUUCAAUUUGCUCACUUUAUUUAUUCCCCCCCCCCCCCCCCCCCCCCCCAAAAAAAAAAAAUAACAAAAAAACUUUGAAAUAACCUAAAAAAUAAAUGUCAAUGGAGUUGGACCCGGAUGAGGUUUUUGGUGAUGAGGAAGAUGACCCUGAAACUGAAUUCUUCAAGGAAAGAGAAGCUACUAAGGAGUUAUUGGUUUAUCUUGUGGAUGCUUCACCUAAAAUGUUUUCCACUACUUGCCCUAGUGAUGAUGAAAAGACUGCAACUCAUUUUCAAGUCGCCAUCAAUUCCAUUGCACAAUCUCUCAAAUCUCAGAUUAUUAAUAGGUCUUAUGAUGAAGUUUCUAUAUGCUUCUUUAACACUCGGGAAAAAAAGAACUUGCAGGACCUAAGUGGCAUUUAUGUAUUUAAUGUUCCAGAAAGAGAGGAUCUGGACAGACCAACAGCUAGGCUAAUUAAAGAAUUUGACCUCAUUGAAGAAAGAUUUGCUAAAGAUAUAGGAAGUAAGUAUGGAAUUGUGCCUGGCUCUCGGGAGAAUUCUCUUUACAAUGCUCUUUGGGUUGCACAAGCCCUUCUCCGCAAAGGAUCUGCAAAAACUGCUGAUAAACGCAUUCUCCUGUUUACAAAUGAAGAUGAUCCUUUUGGGAAUCUCAAAGGUGUCGUUAAAGUGGAUAUGAUGAGGACAACACUGCAGCGUGCCAAAGAUGCUCAAGAUCUUGGUAUUGCAAUUGAGCUUCUUCCACUAAGCCAACCAGAUGACGAGUUCAAUGUUUCCCUUUUCUAUGCUGAUUUACUUGGUUUGGAGGGUGAUGACCUUGCUCAGUUCAAGGCUCUCGUAGGAGAGAGGUUUGAAGAUCUGAAAGACCAGCUAAGAAAACGUAUCUUUAAAAAGCGCAGAGUUCGAAGACUUAGACUUGUGAUUUUUAAUGGAUUAUCUAUUGAACUCAACACCUAUGCUUUGAUCCGUCCAACUAAUCCUGGGAGAAUAACUUGGCUUGAUUCGAUGACUAAUCUUCCUUUGAAGAUUGAGAGAUCCUUCAUAUGUGCUGAUACUGCUGCUAUAAUUCAGGAGCCUCCAAAACGCUUUCAGUCUUAUAAAAAUGAGAACAUCAUGUUUUCUGUGGCUGAGCUUUCAGAAGUCAAAAGAGUUUCAACUGGACAUCUUCGUCUUCUAGGAUUUAAGCCAUUAACCUGCUUAAAGGAUUAUCAUAACCUGAAGCCAGCUACUUUUGUCUUUCCAAGUGAUGAGGAAGUGAUUGGAGGCACUUGUCUUUUUGUUGCUCUCCAUAGAUCAAUGGUGCGGCUUAAGCGCUUUGCAGUUGCUUUCUAUGGGAGUUCAAGUCAUCCUCAAUUAGUUGCUCUUGUUGCACAAGAGGAAAUAAUGACUUCUAGUGGUCAAGUCGAGCCACCAGGGAUGCAUCUCAUUUAUCUUCCAUAUUCUGAUGAUAUCAGACCCAUUGAAGAGCUUCAUACUGAUCCAAAUUCCGUGCCUCAUGCCACUGACGACCAGAUCAAGAAGGCCUCUGCUUUAGUGAAACGUAUUGACCUCAAAGAUUUUUCGGUGUGCCAAUUUGCUAAUCCUGCAUUACAGAGACAUUAUGCAGUAUUACAAGCUCUUGCUCUUGAUGAGGACGAGAUGCCUGAGAUUAAAGACGAGACUCUUCCAGAUGAAGAAGGGAUGGCCAGGCCUGGUAUUGUCAAAGCAUUGGAAGAAUUCAAACUCUCUGUAUAUGGAGAGAACUACGAGGAAGAAGACUCAAAUAUUGAAGGAAAAGUUGAACCAACAAGGAAACGAAAAGCAAAUGCUAUGAAAGAAUAUGGUAACUAUGACUGGGCUGACCUUGCAGAUAACGGGAAGUUAAAGGACUUGACGGUUGUAGAGUUGAAGUAUUAUCUAGGUGCACAUAACCUACCGGUCACCGGAAAGAAAGAAGUCUUGAUUAGUAGGAUCUUAACUCACAUGGAAUUGUAGUGACUUGAUUAAAGAUGUCAAUGGUGUACGAAUGGGGUUAAAAUGGCUCGAUCAACUUUGCCAAUAUGAUCAAAAAGUUCCAAUGAAGAAAUUCAGAAUGAAGCCAUACAUAGCUCUAAAAAUUGUGGACCUCGCUCUAAUAAGACACCACGUGGCAAAGUUGUUUUUGAAAAAACACCGUUGACAAGUAAUGACAUGGAUGAAACUUUUUGCAACGGUGAUGGCAUAGAUGAGUCAAAACUUUUAUUGGAUGACAUAAAUGAGUAGUUUGAUGACAUAUUUUAGCCAUUCUCCGUAUAAUCAAUUAUUAUACAAGAUAUUAUAUAAUCUAACAUGUGUUGGGCGCGUUUGGCCAUUGGUUAC